CGCAUCUUCCCUCUUCUCCUCUCUUUCCCAUAUCAUCACUGCACACGAUGUCCCUCUCACGCUCUUCCUCAGCUUUCAGGAUAGCGUCAAACUCUGCUCCUGAAACAGGCAUCAUUGGUGUGAGGAUGCCUCCCCGCUCGCAUCGUCCCAGUCUCGCCACCACCUCACGACGUCAGGUUGCUGCACGAUCGUACUCGAGAGCGGGUGAGAGCUCUUCAAGACGAGCAAUUCUCGGUCUGCAAGUGCCAUCAAGAAGUCAAGAUGGCGUUCAUGGCAGGACCUUCGUCUCCGGCAUCACCACGUCGCCCGGCCAAUCGCAGCGUGCGCAUCUUGCACCUCCACGUCUAGCCCUCACCGCAGCGCAACCACGCCACUUCUCCUCAACCUCAUCAAUCCACGCAGCAGCCCAACCCCACACCAACACUCCAACCCUUCUCACCUCCCCCUCUGAGCCCGAAGAUCCCGACAUCUUCUCCUCCGGGCCAGAUCCAAGCGUCCUCUUGACAGAUCGCGCCGUUGCUCAGCUACACAAGAUCGCUGUAAAGGAGAAGGAUGAGGAGAAGAGGGCCAAACUAUGCUUCAGGAUUGGAGUGGAGCCGGGAGGAUGUCAUGGCUAUCAGUACAAGAUGGAGUUGAGCAGACGAGGCCAAGAGGGGAAGAAGGAGGAGGAGGGGGAUGAUUUCCUGUUUCAACCAACUCUCCCCACUUCGGCGCCUAACGCAGAAGUCACCCCAAUUCCGGUAGCCAUCGACUCCAUCUCCCUCAAUCUGCUCAAGGGCAGCACAAUCGACUACGUGACGGAGCUCAUCGGCAGCCAAUUCGCGAUCAAAGAUAAUCCGCAGGCCAAGGGAGCAGGGUGUGGCUGUGGUGUCAGUUGGGAGCCCGUUGCGUGAGGGACAUGAACGCAGGAGGGUGAGGCAGACAGGAGGUCGGUACGAGAGGUGAGGAGCCAGGGGCGAGGAGCGAGGAGCGAGGUGAAUGUGCGAUUGCAUUCCCGUCGUAAUGAUAUCAAGUAGCAGAGCAGCAAAGAUACGAGUCCAACAAUGAAGGAAGAGCGACGAAAGCUAGGCAUACAAGUAGAAGUCGAAAGAAAAACCAAGCCAGAUUGCCACCAAGAAGAGGGGAGGCGGUCGGCGAGAGGGUGGCGAAGUAGACGCCGAGAAGCUGCGAACGAGAGUCGAAAUGUUGCAAGUCCACCGUGAGAGAAGAUCAAGUUAGGGAAGUCCAAGCCAAGGUCGAGACCGAAUGAGCGUCAUGUCGUGUCAUGACGCCCAUGGCCAUGCAGCAUCCUUCUCGUGCAUCCCUUUCCCUCUCGGCCGUAUCAAGGCCCACGCACAUCAAACGUCCAUAUCAAAGUCCACCAUCUCACAUGACCAGCCC